CGUACCUGAGUUCUCUGCUGGCUGCCCUGACUUACCCUCCCUCUGUCUCUCUUUGACCCCUUUUUACUAGGGGUGCAGGACUCGGCAAUGACUGACUGGAACAAGAACGUGGAAGUUAAGCACGACCGUCUGCCGGAGGAGCCUUACGAUCAGAUGAAAUUAAAGCCCGGAGCCAGGGAAGCCACCCAGAGCGUUCCCCGGGGGGCUACCAACUUGUACAGCACUGCCAAAAAGAAGGAUUACACUAUGUCUGUCUACCUCCAUCACAGGACAAAGAGCGAGCAUUCACAGCAGAAGUGCAUCGUAGGGUUUGCUCUCGUGUGCUGCUUUGCCAUCUCUGUUGCGCUGAUAUUUUCAGCUGUGGAUAUUCCAGGUAGCAGCAGCGACACAGAAUUCAUUACAGAGGACAACUGCAAUAGGAACUGCCGAGUCCACCUUGUGGAGAACAUUCCGGAUGGCCUGGAUGGCAUUGACAACUCCAGCAGGCACACCUCCCUGUUCCAGGGAUGGAUGGAUUUGCUGGAUACUGCGCUGUACAGUGUUGAUAUCGUCUCUUCUAAUUGGGCUCUGAGGAUUGGGAAACUGGACCACAACCAUUCGUUUGCUCACAGGGGCGAAAAGAUAUUUGAGAAGCUGCUGCAGCUACAGUCUCGUAACGUUGGCCUGCGAAUCCCAGUCAAUAAGUUUCAGUCUGAGUCCCGGGAUAUAAGGGAUCUGAAAGCCAAUGGUAUUUUGGUGAAAUAUAUCAACAUGACUCCUAUUAUUGAUGGCAAGCUCCAUUCUUCUUUUUGGGUGGUGGACAAGAAGCACAUUUAUAUCGGCAGUGCCUACAUGGACUGGCGCUCACUGACUCAGAUGAAGGAGCUGGGUAUUAUUAUGUACAACUGCAGCUGCCUGGCUCUGGACCUGCACAAAGUGUUCUCCGUCUAUUGGCAGCUGGAGUAUCGAGACACAGUGCCCAAAAUCUGGUCAAAGAAACUAUUCGCCAUCUCCAGUAAGCAUUCGCCUCUCAAGUUACAGCUGAACGAGGCUGAAGCUGAGGUCUACCUGGCUACUUCUCCGAAACUCCUGUGCCCCAACGGUCGCACCACAGACAUCGAUGCUGUUCUCAGUGUUAUUGCCAGUGCUCAGAGAUUUAUACAUGUAGCUGUCAUGGAUUUUCUGCCUCUUGUCAACAACACCAAAGAUCAGAGGUACUGGCCCGCGAUAGAGAAAGAGCUGCGAGAAGCUCUCUUCCUGCGCAACGUGAAGGUGCGACUGUUGGUCAGCUGCUGGAAGGAAACAUACGCACCGAUGCUCAACUUUCUGUGGUCCCUCAAAAUGUUCUGCAUCGAGCCCAUCAACUGCAGCUUUGAUGUGAAAUAUUUUGUAGUUCCACCUUCCGAAGGGGAUGAGGUCCUAUUUUCCAGUGUUAAUCGCAACAAGUACAUGGUGACGGAUAAGGCAGCGUAUAUCAGUACCUCUGACUGGGUUGGGAAUGACUAUAUGAAAAAUACAGGCGUGAGCCUGGUCAUUGAACACAAACGGAGCAGAUGGCUAAAGAACCCAACAUCAAUUCACGAGGAUCUUCAAGCACUGUUUGAGAGAGACUGGAAUUCCAAAUAUGCCCAACGUUUGGAAAUAAAUACCUUUCUGGAAUGCCUGAACCUUAAAAAAAUAUCAACACAAAACAUCUUAAUUUAGACUGGAGGACUAAUAACCAGUUUAUUUGAGGAAGAGACAGUGGAGUGUAAGGCACACAGGAAGUAAAAAGGGGGAAGAUAGAAUCCAGGAGCUUGAGAAUUGGGUAAGGAGAAACAGUUUAUCCAAUCUACUUCCAAAUUGACUGAACUUUAUUAAACUCCAAUAAUCUGGCAUUUUGCUGUUUCUGGACUGGCGGAUUUUAUGAACUAUUGGAUACAGUUAAUACACCAACACAUGUUUAAUUCAUUGUUUUUAGACAUUACACAGUAUUAUAAUAAAUUUUCCAGUAAGCACGGCAAGUUUAAAGGGAACUCAGAAACCUGAGCAGGGAAAUAUCACCCUCUCUGGGAUGAUGCUAAACCAUGGGGAUUUCUGUAUAGUGAGAUAGUGGAUCAUCAGAGCUUUAAUGUAAUAAUGUAAAGGUAGAGUUUCAGUGGUCUGGAUACCCUCUCUAUGUAACCAGAGAGGAAUGACUUAGUUACAUGGGUUUAAUAUAAGAUAAAUGAGGUGAAAUCUUACUGAACAAUUGACAUGAGGCAUUAAUUCAUGGGCCAAAUGGCCGAAUUCUGCUCCUAUGUUUUAUGGUCGAAUGGCAUUCCUACAUUUAUAACCGGGCAUCUUGUUUUCAUCAGAUUUAUGUCCAUGUAAUUAACACAACACAGCACAAUGACAACUCAAACAGAGCCAAACUGAAGCUUUCUGGAUAUAAUCAUUUGUGAAUAGACGCUCCAUCUUUACAGAUGUUGCCAUCUUUUUAUUCCUCUCUCUCUAUGUGAUGUAGUACUUACAGCUGAUUCUCCUGUACUGGGCUGGCUGCUAAAUAGGAUAACGCUCCAGUUAUUAUUUAUUGCACAGAGUAGCACCUCCAGUUAUACCCCAAGUAGAAAAAAGCUUUCUAAUGAAUACCUGCUAAAUAAAAUAGCAGUCCUAUUAUCAGCUGCUUGUAGAACACAACGUCAACCCAUUUUCCAAUGUUUUCCAACUUUCUUCCUUCAUUUAUUUUAUGGCAUUCAAUUCUGGUCACCCCGUCAUGGGAAGGAUGUGCAAGCUUUGCAGAGGGUGCAGAAGGGCUACCACGAGAGGGCACAGUUUUAAGGUGCUUGAAAGUGGGUACAGAGGAGAUGUCAGGGGUAGGUUUUUUAUGCAGAGAGUGGUGAGUGGAUGGAAUGAGCUGCUGGUGACGGUGGUGGAAGCGAAUGCGAUAGGGUCUUUUUAGAGACUCCUGGAUAGGUACAUGGAGCUUAGAAAAAUAGAGGGCUAUGGGUAACCCUGGGUAAUUUCUAAAGUAAGUGCAUGUUCAGCACAGCAUUGUGGGCUGAAGGGCCUGUAUUGUGCUGUAGGUUUUCUAUGUUUCUAAGGGGCUUCCUAGGAUACUGCCUAGAUGAGAGGGCAUGGCCUGUGAGGAUAGCUUAGACAAACUUAGGCUGUUUUCUCUGGAGCAUUGGAGACUGAGGUGAGACCUGAAAGAAGAUCAUGAGAUAAUGAAAAUAUGGAUGGAGUAGAGAGCCAGUACCUGUUCCCAGGGUCGAAAUAUCUCAUUCCAGAGGGCUUGCUUUUAAGGUGGAAGAUCAAAGGAGAUGUGUGGGGCAAGUUUUUUUUACACAGAAUGGGGAGGAUGUCUGGACUGCACUGCCAGGUGGAGGUGGAGGCAAAUACUAUUAGAGCAUUUAAAAGGCUCCUGGAUAGACAGGGAAUGGAAGGAUAUGAGCAUUAAGUAGGCAGAAAGGAUUAGUUUGGUUAGGCAUUUAAUCACUUUAGUUAGUUCGGCACAACUAUGGUAUGUUGGCCUUCAUCAACCAUGGGAUUGAGUUCAAGAGCCGUGAGGUUAUGUUACAGUUAUAGAAGACCUUGGCUAGAUCCGACUUGGAGUACUGUGUUCAUUUCUGGUCACCUCACCACAGGAAGGAUGUGGAUACUACAGAGGGAGAGUGCAGAGGAGAUUUACAAGGAUGUUGCCUGGAUUGGAGAGUGUGCCUUAUAAGAAUAGGUUGAGUGAACUCAGCCUUUUUUCCUUGGAGUGACAGGGGAUGAGAGGUGACCUGAUAGAGGUGUAUAAGAUGAUGAGAGGCAUUGAUUGGGUGGAUAGUCAGAGGCUUUUUCCUGGGGCUGAAAUGGCUAACACAAGGGGGCUUAGUUUUAAGGUGCUUGGCAGUAGGUACAGGGGGAUAUAAGGGCUAAGUUUUUAACACAGAGAGUGGUGGGUGCGUGGAAUGCACUGCCUGCAAUGGUGGUAGAGGUAGAUACAACAGGGUCUUUUAAGAGACUCUUAGAUAGGUACAUGGAGUUUAGAAAAAUAGAGGGCUCUGUGGUAGGGAAAUCCUAGGCAGUUUCUGGAGUAGGUUGCAUGGUCGACACAACAUUGUGAGCCGAAGGGCCUGUAAUAUGCUGUAGAUUUCUGUGUUCUAUGUUCUAACAUCGUGGGCCAGACAACCUGUCCUGUGCUAUACUAUUCUAUGGUCAAUAUUUUUGAUUGGAUUGGAUUACCAGGAACAUCAUCAGUAUUGUAGCUAGCAUAGGAGGUCAGAGCUCCACCCAAAUGCAAGGUACUUAUUUGUCCAUUUUAUUAAGGCACCAUUAAGAUAUGAAGGUAUUUCUGAAUCCAGUGCACUCCUCACAUCAGAGGGGCCAUCUCCAGGUAUCUGAGCCAUGAGCUGCCCAUGGUGCCCAUUCCCACCCCACCACUCUUUACAGCUGGCAUGUCUCACUGCUCCCACUUCUCCCUUGCACUUCAGUAAAACCAAGCAGUGUCUGUUUGACCGUGUUAUCGGAACAAGUUGGAAAUAGCAGCCAGGCAGUACAACGCAGUUGAAACUGGACCGCGCGGUGUAGUGUCUCCUCCCACGUCAUACAUUGGUGAAUUCUAGAGUUCAUGAUCGACAGAUAUUGUGCCGUAAGUUUCUUAUCAGUAUCUUGGAGAAGUUGACUGCACCUUCAGUGCCCCCAGUUCACCCAUUUCCAGGUGCAAACACAGUGAAGUCCUCAUGCACGUACAGUCAGUGAUUAGGGAGGCCAAUGGAACAUUGGCCUUUGUGGAGAAGGGGACGGAGUAGAUGCACUCAGUGACCACUUUAUCAGGCACCUCCUAUAUCUAAUCAAGUGGUCACUGAGUUUAUGUUCAUGGUCUUCUUCUGCUGUUGCCCAGCCACUUCAAGGUUCAACAUGUUGUGCAUUCAGAGAUGCUGUUCUGCACACCACUGUUGUAACAUGUGGUUAUUUGAGUAACUGUCUCCUUCCCGUCAGCCUGAACCAGUCUGGCCCUUCCCCUCUGACCACUGUCAGUAACAAGGCGUUUUCACUCACAGACUGCCAUUCACUGUAUGUUUUUAUUUUUCACACCAUUCUCUGUAAACUCUAGAGACUGUGUGCAUGAAUGUCCCAGCAGGUCAGCAGUUGCUGAGGUACUCAAACCUCCCCAUCUGGCACCAACAAUCAUUUCAUGGUCAAAGUAACCGAUCACAACUCUUCCCCAUUCUGAUGUUUGCUCUGAACAACAACUGAACCUCUUGACCAUGUCUGCAUGCUUUUAUGUAUGAUUGGCUGAUUAGAUAUUUGCAUUAACAAGCCUAGUAAUGUGGCCUCUGAGUGUAGAUAGCAAUGCCUAGUAACCAUUGUGGCUGCAAAGUAGAUUAUUAUGAAAGCACAACCACAAAAUGCAGCCAGCUUUGGUAAACACACAAAACAUGCUGGAGGAACUUUCAAAUCUCUUACUAACUCUUCCUUCAGUUAGUCCUGAUGAAGAGUCUCAGCCUGAAAUGUCGACUAUACCUCUUCCUAGAGAUGCUGCCUGGCCUGCUGCAUUCACCAGCAACUUUGAUGUGUGUUGGUUGGAGGAACUUAGCAGGUCUCCUGGAUCAAAAAACAUUUACUUCGGAGACAGUGCAGAGAUGAUUCACCAGUUUGAGUUUAUGGAUGAAUGGCUUGAUGUCCUGAUGAAGAGUCUCGGCCUGAAACAUCAACUGUUUAUUUCCCUCCACAGAUGCUGUCUGGCCUACAGAGUUCUUCCAGCAUUUUGUGUAUGUUGCUGUCAGAAGAAAGGCAAUCUUACUGAAAGAUCCAAGAUUCUGAGGGAAGUUGACAGGGUAGAUGCUGAAAGGAUAUUACCCCUGCUGGGAGUAAAAAUAGGAGAAUCAUUCAGAAUUAGGGGUCAUGUAUUUCAGAUGGAAAAGAAGCCUAUUUUUCUCUCAUAGUACCCUGUGAAUCUUUGGAAUUCUCUACCUGAGAGAGUGCUGGAGGUUAAAUCAGUGAGCAAUCUUUGGUCUAAAGGAGGCGUAAACAUUUAUGAGGAACUGGGCAGGAAAGUAGAGUUGUGGGCCAAUUUCCAAGCAGCCCUAACACAUAGUUGAGUGACAGAGGAGGUUCGAGGCGCCGCGACCUACUCCUGCCACUUCUGUUCCUAACGAGGACCUAUGAUACUGUAGAUUCUACAAUCCAGAGCAAAAGAAAAUCUGUGAUGGACCUCAACGGGUUGAGUCACAUCUGUGGAGGCAGCGGGAUGAUCGACAUUUUGGGUUGAGACUGUGCAUCAGGGCUAACAUCUUAUCCUUCACCUCCACAGAUGCUGCUGAGCCCACUGGGUCUCUCCAGCGAUUUUUGCCCUUGUUUUAGAGUUAACUUAAACCUAACCCUAAGGUGACAACAGUUUAAAACCAUGAACCAUAAAUAUUAUGAGUGUACAACCAGCUGAUGAACCGCCGUUUCCCCCCCCCCCAAAAGGGCAAAAUUGAAACAUUAUUUUUGCUGGGUGCAUGCUGCAAAUGGCUUGAAUUUCUUGGCGUUUUUUUUAUAUAGUUCCGUUUAAGGUCAUUUAGUUGGAAAAUUUCGGGUAGAAUUUUAGUUACAUGCAUCAAUUUUCAGUUUGCAUCAAAAUUGCUUCUGACAUUAAAUUACAACUAUUCAUGUCUGCCUAUGGGUUUUUUUUUCCCUGUGGUUACCCCGAACUCACUGGCCAGUGCAUUUCAUGAAGUGAUCAUAAACGGAUUUAUAUGUACUGUUGGUUGGUGUCCAUGCACACAGUGUCAAUACUUUGAAAACCACAUUCUGAAAACAAAAUGCAUGGUUGUUGUUACCAAAUAUAUG